AUGACGCGGCGGCGGAACAAGCCCGGCGGCGGCGGCGGCGGUGGCGGCGGGGCCCGCAGGGAGCGGGCCGUGGGGCCGCCCCCGCCCCCGCUGCAGCCUGAGCCGCCCUGCCCCGCCGCCGGCGCGGGGCUCUCGGACGAGGCGGCGGCAGCGGGGCUGGGCGGCUGCGAGGAGCCCGUGCGUCCCGGGCCCGAGGCGGGGCUGGAGCCGGAGCAGGAGCAGGAGGAGCAGGGCCCAGCCCCUGAGGUACGCUCUGGAGCGGCCGUCGCGGGCUGGCUGGCGGGAGGGCGAGCGGGCGGGCGGGUCCCUCCUCCCCUGCGGCCCCGCAUCCCCGCCUGCGGCGCCGGGCAGCGCUCCCCUGCAGGUGGCCCCGCGGCGGGCUCAGCCUUCUCCCCCGGGCACGGCUGUAGGGGCGAAGCGGGCGGCGGUCCAGAGCCGGGGGGUCCUCCCCUGGCAGCUGCCCCGCGGAGGAGGAGGAUGACCUUCCCCCUGCCCAGGAGCUCCCUUCGCACGCACACCCCCUCCCCGGCCGCCGCUGUCACGGGAGAGCCCGGGGCGCACGGGUGCCCGCCCCUCCUUCCCUGCGAGAUGCCCAAGGGAGGUCCAGAGGAGGAUGACCUCCCCGGGCUGGGGGGCACAGUCCCACACCCAGGGCCUUCGAAGCCAGCUGGCUUUGCACACACUCUCCCUGCCAUCUGA